AUGCAACUGCCCGCUUUAACGCCGGUUGAGAUAACGGUGGAGUUCACCGAUGUCGCUAGCUUCCAGCGCCUCCAGCUCCUUCAGCGCCAGUACAAAGAGCAGUCAGGGCAGCAGGAGCGAGAGCGACAGGAACGGCAGGAGAGGGAGGAAGAACAGCGCCAGCAGUUAGAAUACGAGCAGCCUUAUCAAUUGCACUACCAGAACACCUUUUUGUACCAGCAACCACAGUUCCAGCAGCAGCAAAACUACCAUUACGACUACGAUCACCAGCAGCUCGAGCAGCUCCAACAGCUCCAACUGCUCCAACAGCCUCAGUACCCACCACCGACACAGCACCAGCACCAGCAGGCGCUAUUCUACCGGAUUCACCAACACGCACAAGCCCCCGCUGCUAGCGCUGCUGCUCCCCCACAGCCCAUCUCAUCGGCCUGCGACGACAGCGGGGACGGUGCUGGCGGCCUGUGCGACGAACCGAACAGAUGCAGAAACAGAAGCGCGGUUCCAGCAGGCGCUAUGGUCAGCGGAGCUGCAAGCCAUGUGGCAGCUGUCAACUACGUCGGUUGUGCCACUUCCUCCUAUACCGCCCUAGCCUUCCCACAGCAUCAGCGCCUGCCCUGCGGCGGCUGCACCGCAAACGGCAGCUACCACUACGGCACCAUCAACGCCGACUUCGCCACAGCCCACCACCGGCUCCAGCAGCCACCGCCACAGCAGUCCACAGCAACGCGCCCCGCCCUUGUGUCUAGCGCCACCAGCCUUGCUGUUCUUGUUCCCCCCGCUGCCGUCUUUUUAUCCUCCAAUGCCGCCUCAUCUCCAUCUGCCCCCCCUCAUCCUCAUUCUCAUUCUCACCCUCACCCUCGCCCGCACCCUCUCGCCCUCCCCUCAUCUCCGCUGCAGCUCCGUCACUGCCGCCUACGGCUGGCCCCGAGACGCCAGGCCAAAGCCAAGAUCUCCCACAGCCAACCCCACGCGAGUCUGUAUCGUCCCCUUGCGCUCGACGAACUACAUACUCCACUCCCACACCCGCUUUCGGCCAUGGCCGUCGAUCUGCCCGAGAUGACGGGGGACAAUGCCGACCAUAUCGCCGCCGACAUUGCUACGCAAGAGGCACUAGCCCGGGACUACCAACCAGACGUUACCGGCCCAGCUGUAGGCAGCAUCCAGUCGACCGACGUCGUCAAGGAGCACUAUGCUACCGCUGAUGCUGCGUUCGCCGAAAAGACCGGGACAUUGCCAGACAUCUUCCCUCUCUACCGUUCCAUUCUCGGAGAUGCAAUUGGCUUCUGUUACUUUGAAGCGCUGAUCCAUACCGAGAACAUGGACCGGAUCAAGAAUGAGCGCAGCCGAUUGCAGAGCCUGAACGAUUACAUCCGUGAUGUCGGGCAUUACAACCCAUAUGUCUAUGAGGACAUGGUUGAGGAGACUGACAAUCUCUUUGUCAAGAUAAUCAAUGCCAUGCCUGAAACGGACAAGGCCGCCACGGCAUUGACGAACAUCUUCAAUGAUGCCAACUCAGGGAACGCCAUCAUCUACCAUCUGCGGCUGCUAGUCGCCUCAUAUCUCAAGGGAAACGCCUUGCUCUACCAAGAUUUCCUCAUACAUCCAGACGGCCUGGAAGGCUAUUGCCAGGAGUAUAUUGAGCGGCCAAACUGCGAAAUCGACCACGUCCGGAUCGAAAUACUGGCCAACAUUUUGCUCAAACCGCCUGACAUUGUCCUGGAGAUUGCCUAUCUGGAUCGAAGUGUGGGCUCCAACGUCCCCCUUUACCGAUUCCCCCAGGAAAACAACAACCGGGAGGAGAAUUCCAUCGACUUGCGCAUAUCUCUGCUGUUCCGACCAGACCACUACGAUAUCCUGUACCGCCCUGGUCUACCUUUCGCCAGCGUAUCCGCACCUGGGCCUCAAGCUUUUGCACAGAACCCUUCCGGCUCAUCACCUGACGCUUCUGCCGUGCAUAUUACCCCGGCCAGGCUGGCUGAGGAAGGCGGCAACUUGGAUUCAAAGCGGUUAGAACCCGUCGAGGGUGCAGCCGUGCACACGACUCUGAGCGGUCCUCCUGACACUGCUGGUGGCCAAGCUGCAGCUGCGGAAACACCGGAGCCACCUUUGGAUCCAUCGUCCGCUGAAUCCUCCGUAUUGAACCCGCCGUCAUCUACAGAUCUUCAUGUGCAUCACACUCGCGUUGACUUCGAGUCCUUGUUUCCCUCUAACACGUCGAGCCUCGAAAACUAUGCAAACCUCGAUAUGCGGGUGCUGAGCCUCAUCCCAGGCAUGAUGACAACAGCUUCGGCGAGGCCAAACUAUUCCUCGUCUCUUGGGUUGCCUUCUGGCCAGCCAGAGCUGUCCCAGUCACCCUGGGCUGCCUCAACGAAAACCGGCUUUGGCGGCAGCUUGUGCACUAUCUCGGCAUCAGAGUCCCAUGCAUCAAUACUGGUACACUUGGCAGUGGCAGAGUCCCCAUCGAUGGCAUCGGUUGAAUCUUCUGUGGCAGCGGUGGGGCCAGCUUUGGAGCCCGUGAGCCAAUAUGCAGGACGUAUCAAUAACAACAUAUCUAUGGAGGGAGCCCCAGUUUCAUAUUCUGAGGUCCUGGACCCGUCGGCUGAACUGUCGGACUCGGUCCACCUGCAUGCCCAACGUCAAAUGCAUUUACCUCCACACCAUCAACAGCAAUUCCAUGGUGGACAUACGCCCGAGCCAGCCGAGUCCCAUCCGGUGCGCUUUACGAAAUGGCAGUACGAGAGAACCGAUAUCGAUAUCAACAAUCCAGAGCCGGGAUUUCUCCGGAGCUCUCGGUCCAGCACAGCGCACUUUUCGAACCCCGAGUUCCAGCCAGAAGAGUACCAGCCAGCCGGUGAGGACGGAAAGCUCGGGAACUCACGUAGCAGACGAAAAGCCCGCCGGCUCUCCAGUGAGAACGCCCCGAGGAAGACCUAA